CUCUCCUCGGCGCAGCGUUACAGGUUCUAUCGCGCCCUGCGCGUCUCAGCGGACUCGGAUGUUUUAACGCGAUAGAAUCAGCGCCGGAUCGAGUUUACUGUGCGCCGCAUUUCGGUGGGGAUGGAGCGGCAGACCGGGGUCGGACGGCGCCGCUGAUGUGGUUGGUGUUGGUGGUGGUGGUGGUGGUGGUGGGUCCGCUGCGCAGGUUUUGGAACGCGCGCCAUUUUGUAAAAUUGACACAAAAAAGGCAGAAGUAGCCGGAGGAGGAUGAGAUCUGCCCCGAGAGACGCACGCAGCUCCGCCACGCUCCACGGAUUCCUCUCGCUCCGUAUGCACCCCGGAUCCAUGUGUGCUGUGCGGUUAUUACGCCAGGCGCGUCACUGACAGCCCGGCGAGGGACAAAAUGUAGCUGGGCUUCACAUAUCGGAUAAGUUUGUGUGUGUUGACGGAGCGGCGCUGUUGAUCUGGAACUGGAGUUUGUGACACAAGCUAGAGCACUCAGGGCUGAUCGGACUCUUUUCUCAUCGGAUUUUAUUGCUCGGAUCGUCUUUUAAGCUUGUGAGGAUAUUUUCUCUCCCAUCCUGUAAGAUUAGAGCGACACGUAGCAACAAGAUCCACGCCAAUGAUCGUGCGAGCCGAAGAAAAAUCCGAACAUCGACCCUUAAAAGACCCUGUCGAGGCACCAGGGCCGUUUUCCCGUAUAAACCACUUCGAAAUUGCUUCAGUGUUCUGUGGUUUGCGGAUGGACUCCUCUGCCAGAAUGAUAUGAGAUUUGUCAGAGGACGAUGCAUACAGGAGGAGAGACCUCAGCAUGCAAACCCUCGUCUGUUCGACUUGCUCCCUCGUUUUCGUUCAAUGCGGCAGAUGUGCAGAUGGCUGCGCAGACACCCCAUUCUCACCCGCCAUUCAGUGAUGGGCACCAGGCGGGCGCCGAGGCGCCAGGUGCCGUGCUGCCGUACGGCCCGCAGGCCCCGCAGCUCAACACCACCCAGGUGACUGCUGAUGUGGUGAUGUUGCAAAGGCGAAUCCCUCAGUGCUUUCGGGAUCCAGCCACAGCUCCUUUAAGAAAACUCUCCAUUGAACUAAUCAAAACUUACAAACACAUCAAUGAGGUUUACUAUGCAAAAAAGAAGCGGCGGCACCAACAGGGCCAAGGCGAGGACUCCAGUAAUAAAAAGGAGAGGAAGAUCUACAACGACGGUUACGACGACGACAACUUCGACUACAUUGUGAAAAACGGAGAGAAAUGGCUGGACCGCUACGAAAUCGAUUCAUUAAUAGGCAAAGGGUCGUUCGGACAGGUCGUGAAGGCUUACGACCGUUCGGAGCAGGAGUGGGUCGCCAUCAAGAUUAUAAAGAAUAAAAAAGCUUUUCUGAACCAAGCACAGAUUGAAGUACGACUCCUGGAGCUCAUGAACAAACAUGAUACAGAGAUGAAGUACUACAUAGUUCAUCUGAAACGCCACUUCAUGUUUCGGAACCACCUGUGUCUGGUGUUCGAGAUGCUGUCCUACAACCUGUACGACCUGCUCCGUAACACCAACUUCCGCGGCGUCUCGCUGAACCUGACACGGAAGUUCGCGCAGCAGCUGUGCACGGCGCUGCUCUUCCUGGCCACGCCCGAGCUCAGCAUCAUCCACUGUGACCUUAAGCCCGAGAACAUCCUGCUCUGCAACCCCAAACGGUCGGCCAUCAAGAUCGUCGACUUCGGCAGCUCCUGCCAGCUGGGGCAGCGGAUCUACCAGUACAUUCAGAGCCGCUUCUACCGCUCGCCGGAGGUGCUGCUGGGGAUGCCGUAUGACCUGGCCAUAGACAUGUGGUCACUGGGCUGCAUCCUGGUGGAGAUGCACACCGGAGAGCCUCUGUUUAGUGGAGCCAAUGAGGUGGACCAAAUGAACAAAAUAGUGGAGGUCUUGGGGGUCCCACCCAGUCACAUACUGGACCAGGCGCCGAAAGCGAGGAAGUUUUUCGAGAAGAUGUCGGACAGCACGUGGUGUGCAAAGAAGACCAAAGAUGGAAAACGGUAUAAGCCGGCAGGUUCGCGGAAGCUGCACAACAUUCUGGGUGUGGAGGCCGGCGGGCCGGGCGGCCGGAGAGCGGGCGAGUCGGGCCACGCCGUCGCCGACUACCUGAAGUUCAAGGACCUGAUCCUGCGAAUGCUGGACUAUGACCCCAAAAGCCGCAUCCAACCCUACUACGCUCUGCAGCACAGUUUCUUCAAGAAGACGGCCGACGAGGGCACCAACACCAGCAGCAGCGUGUCCACGAGUCCGGCUCUGGAGCAGUCCGCGUCCUCUGGAACGACGUCCAGUACCUCCUCCAGCUCAGGAGGUUCAUCUGGAACGAGCACCAGCGGACGUGCCCGCUCUGAUCCUACCCAUCAGCACCGGCUCAGCGGGGGCCACUUUAGUGCUGCAGUAGGCAUGGACUGCCACAACCUCUGCCCUCAGACGAGGCAGGCCUUCGUGCCCUCCCUGGGUUGGGUAGGCGGGGACGGACUCCAGCAGGCGGCCGGAGAGACCCAUCCAGUCCAAGAGACCACGUUCCAUGUGCCUCCCCACCAGCCCAAAGCCCUUCACCCACACAGCUCCCAUCACCAUCACGGGCAAGGCCCGGCACGCCCGCGGCCUCGCGUCUACUCGCCCUCGCACAGCGGCGCCUCCACGCAGGACUCCAUGGAGGUGUCGCACGGCCACCUAUCCAUGACCUCGCUGUCUUCCUCUGCCUCAUCCUCGUCCACGUCCUCGUCGUCCACGGGCAACCAUCGUCACCACCACCCCCACCAGGCCUACCAGAGUCGCCCGCUGCCGCUCGGCCUGGGCUACGGACACGCCUUCUCCAACCCGCGUCAGGAGACCGGCACGGCCGGACACGCGGCGUACCCGCUCACUACGAACUCGGGCUACGUAGCCGAGACUCACAUGGGCCUGCACCAGGGCCUGGACCGAGAGGACUCGCCCAUGGCCGGCGUGUGCGUGCAGCAGAGCUCGGUGGCCAGCUCCUGACUACGCUAAGAAGGACCUCUUUUUAACCCUCCUCCUCCUCCGUGUGUGUGGUUUUUAAGAAAAGAAAAAAAGCGCCGGUGUUUUUCUUGAAAAAAAAAAAGUGCAUAGAGAUUAAAAAGCUGCUGUAUAAGAGAAGGGAGACGACGACUGACGCCGCACGCGCGCUCUAAGCUCCCCUCUGGUCUGCUCGCUUGCUGGAGGCCUCCGUUUCAGUCCGUUCCUUUCGUUUUCCGGCCUGGAACGUUUUCAGCUAGAUUUCUUUGUAUUAUUAUGAUAAAAAAGGAGAGAUUUCAUCAUACGUUUAUUCCUUUUCACUCAGCUCUUUUUAAAUUGCGUACUAACAUAUGCACCUUCCCGACAGCCGUGAGAUUAGGUUCGUGUUUAGGGUCUGUGAGAAGGUCCGCUCGUCCGGCAGAUGGACGUUCCUCCGCCUCCGCUCGUCAGUAAUGCAAUUUCCGAGUUGUUCUUUUAUUUCUCUCUCCCGUGUUGUAUUUACCGACGGUUACUCUCUCGACUGCCGUUUUUAUGUUCCCUUCUGUGGCGGGCUUGUUCUUUCCGAUGUUCGUUCCUCGCUUUGUGCAAUCCUGUGCUUCUUAAGUUUAGCAGAGCAGCGUUAGCAGGGUGCAGGGUGUCUCCCGGGAGGCCCGGGCGUCUCCUGUAGAGGGCGCGGUUUCACGAGUCUUCGCUGGAAGGAGUCUGCGAGCGUUUGGGAAAGAGCUCGAGAGUGGGCAGUGGAGCGGGCAGGAGGCUGGUACCGGGCAGCGGUGCGGAGAACGUCCGACAAAUGGCCUUAUUAAGCACCGAAUGAUAAGAAGCUGGACAUUUCCCCCUUAAAAUAGGGAAAAUAGCUUUCCUGUAUUAUUAUUAUCAUUAUUUUUUAAUCUGGAACACACAAGUCUUUACACGUAAUGAAUAGAAAACAGUACGAGAGCUUAUCUGAGGCCUUCCUCACCUAGAAACCUGCUAUUCUGAAGGAUGUUUUUAUGCUGGCAGUGUGAAGUCACAGUAGUAGUAUUGCAAAGUGAAUGGAAACAGCUAUAACCGUGUCCCUUACUGCUCUUUUUGUCCUGCUUUCUCUCUUUGCUUUGUUAGAAUCUUGUUUUUCAGCAUGUGACUUACUUUCCGAGCACAUUUCUGUUUCCGUCCGUUUCUUAUUUUUUACUUUUAUUUUUUGUUCCCGUUCUGACCUGAAGAUCUUAACAUGCAGACGUUUGUGUGACUGCUUUUUAUUUUGCCUCACGAUUAUGCUGUGAAUUUUAGGAGAGUUUCUUUUCCCUUUUGAUAAUUUAUUGUACCAAAGCAGUUUUUUUUUUUUUUUUAUAGCACAUAGAUGUCUGUAACCAAUAAUGUAGCAGGUGUGCACUUUCAAACAAGGUGUAUCAGACUUUUUUAAUGUCAGUAAAAUUGCUUUAUCUAUUGCUUUAUCAUAACUGGAACUGUUGUUAAUGUGGCAUAUUUACAGAGAGCUGAUUCCCGAAAACCGUCCCCCCCCACCCCACCCACACCUCUUCCACCGCCACAACCACCACCCCGUUUUUUUUAUAUCUCUAUUUCUUCUCAUUUUACAGCAUCGGACGACCGAGAGCACGACCCUUGCGUCUGAUUUCGGUUUCGCUUCGUUCCGCGAGCCCGAGGGAGGGUCUACGCUCGUGCCGUUGCCGGCUCUGCGGGUCCCAGAGCUCCAGGGUGGCCACACGGCGGAAGGAGAAGCGGUGCGCCGCGUAAUCCGGUUACACGCCUGUUUCUGAGGUGCCUCGUUAUCUGGGUUCCACUGCCUUAAGUCUGCAGCAGCGUGCUGUCAUGUACACACAAACAAUACUGAGUUUUUAAGAGAGGACAGAGUUCCAUCUAUUCUGUACAGGCUCGGAUAAAAGAGCUUGGGCCGGACCGGACGGGAACGGGGGUGUUUUAGGGGGGGGUGUAUGAGUUGGGGUCGAAAUGUGUGAGCACAGAUGGGUCUGCUAAAGUCGUGUCUCUAUCGCUUCUUCUUUCUCCCCCUUUUUGCUGAAGGUGUCUUCAUGCUUUACUCUGUCUUGCUUUUUUUCGCGCCCUCUCUCGCUCUUUACACGAGUGUGAUCGAUGCCUAUACAUACAAGGUAAAUAAAUGGUCCUAUAGGGUUCUUAUUCUCGGCCGGCAGCGGAGGACAGCUAAUGGGAGGAGGUCCAUGAAUACCCAGGCUUCAGGUGUUUACUUUGUGACCCCAUUUUAAUAGCUGAAAUAGAAUUUAUGUACAUAUUUAUAUAUUUUUUUAAAUAAAGGAAGUUUAGAACUCACUGCUUUUUUUCCUAAUGGUAUUUUGAGUACAUUUAUGUCGGCUUGUCGACCAUGCGGUGGAGCUCUCUGUUGUAGUCAAAUGGGUCUCAGUGCUUCCAGCCCAAACGUAGUUGACGAUGCCAGUACAAACGCAAAACGUUCUAGGGUUCAAAUUGACACGGGAGUAGAUCUUCAUACCUUAAAUAUAAUAGACAGGGUAUAGCUUGUGGAUGUGCGUCUACAAAUCCGAACUACGGCAGUGUUUUCAUAUGUACGUGCGCAUAGGAGGUGACGUUCGCCUAGUGCAGGACGGAGUUUUGUUGUGUUCGUUUGGCACAAGCGUCAAGAAGUGGCUCCAUGUCAAACUGAAUGUAGGUUCUUGCUGGAGGUGCAUGUAGCAAAGUGCACAGCGACAGCGCUCGUUUUACGCAGUCCUUACCGAAGCCCCAGCGCGGCGUUCCGCUCCCUGUCCUGCCCUGCCUCGCCCCGCCCCGCCCUACCCCUCUCCUUCCCAGGCCUCCACGCCCACUUUAGAGUCGCCGAUCCUCCUCCCUUUGGUUCCAGGAGAUCUGAUGUGCACUGCAGAGCUGAACAGCAUGGCGGAGGGAUAAGUACUCACAGAUUGUACAAUCAGGACUUUCUGUGUCGAGGAAAAAUGUUACUGAGAGGCGAAAAUGGACAAAACCCUUUGUACUAUAUUCAAGCGGUCUUAUGUAUGACAUAAAGUUGCUUAACUUUU